UUUUUUAAAACCAUUUAUCGUUUCACUUUUUACGAAAUAUGCCUAAAACUACACUCACUUCCGAACAGAAAAAAUUAAUAGACUUCGAAGAAAUUACACCAGAUAGACACGAUUUUGCUGUCAUAUUAUUUUGCAGCCGAAUUAUCGUACGAAUACAAAUUAAAUGUUUCGAAGAAACUGAAACAUUUUCGAAUAAUGAUAUCAAUAAUAUCGUCCGUAAGGAAGCUGAAAGCUUCUCCGAAAGACUUAGAUGUUUCAUCGAUCAAAUUAAAGAAACUGGACAUUGUUACAAUAACGCAACGAGUAUGGAUUUCAAAGAGAAAAUAGCGUCAUCAGAAUUCCCACUCAAAACUAUUAUUAAUAUUUUAAGUGAGGAAUUAUCCUCUAGACCCCGUAAAAUCAAUCCACCACCCGUCAAACGGUUAUAUAAAAAUUUAAUCAGCUUAGCUGAUGAUUUAAGAAAGUAUUUCGUAAAUCGUGAACAUAAUAAUAAGAUCCGACCAAUAUAUUUUUCAGAAAAUUAUUUUAUAUAUCAAGAAGGAACCCCUAAAGGAGAUGAUGAGAACUUUAUAUCAUUCCCCGUGACUUUAGUUUGGUUACCUACGUUGACCGUCACGGAUGAGAUUAAUCAAAAAAAUGCAUCGGCUUUUCAUCUUCGAAAGAAGCCCGAAUUUUUAGGUAAAAGAGCACCCACAUUUCGAUCACAAUUAUUAAGAAUGAAUGGUGUUCAAAAACGGGUCAAUAAAAGUAAAA